UUAGUGGGACUGGGAUUUUUUUCUUUUUCAAUCUAAAGGGUUUCUCUUCCUCUCUCUAAUAAAACAUCUGAACCUCCUAAGACCUUUUUAAGAAUUUCUUACAAAAACAUGCCGGAAGACCGUGGAACUUGUUUUCACCCUGAAGAUUUUUCUCAUUUUAUUAUUUUCAACUGAUUGCCCACAGAUGUGGAAGCCACAUCUUUUUGUUGGGUUGGUUCUUCAGUCGCUAGGUGGGGAGAGAGAUGAAUCCACUCAAGAUUAGCACUUACAGAAACAAAACUGCCUCUUCCUGGCUUAUGAAAUUCAGUUUUCUUUGGCUUCUUAGUCACAAUUGUUGCAGAGCCAGUGCUGUCUGGACUGCUUACAUGAACAUCUCGUUUCAUGUUGGGAAUCGGAUGUUGUCAGAGUUGGGGGAAACGGGAGUGUUUGGAAGAAGCUCCACUUUGAAGAGAGUGGCAGGAGUUAUUGUGCCACCUGAUGGAAAAACUCAAAAUGCAUGUAAUCCCAGUACCAGUUUCAGCAGAUUGAAGAACUCAGAGACCUGGCUUGCACUUGUUGAACGAGGUGGUUGUACCUUCACGCAGAAAAUUAAGGUGGCCAUCGAGAAGGGAGCCGGCGGAGUGAUCAUCUACAACUUUCCAGGAACUGGCAAUCAGGUUUUUCCCAUGUCUCAUCAGGCAUUUGAAGACAUCGUUGUGGUGAUGAUUGGCAACCUCAAGGGCGUGGAGAUUUUGCAUUUAAUUCAGAAGGGAGUUCACGUUACAGUCAUAGUUGAGGUGGGGAGGAAACACAUCAUCUGGAUGAAUCACUAUUUUGUCUCUUUUGUGAUUGUCACAACUGCUACUUUAGCAUAUUUCAUCUUUUAUCGUAUUCGGAGACUUUGGAUAGCAAGGAUUCAGAACCGGAGAUGGCAGCGGUUAACAACUGAUCUCAAGAAAGCCUUUGGCCAGCUGCAGCUUCGGGUUCUGAAAGAGGGGGAUGAGGAAAUCAGUCCAAAUGGAGAUAGCUGCGUAGUUUGCUUUGAACUCUAUAAGCCUAACGAUACAGUUCGUAUUCUCACUUGUAAACACUUUUUCCACAAGAGUUGCAUUGACCCCUGGAUUCUGGCCCAUGGGACGUGCCCCAUGUGCAAACGUGACAUUCUUAAAGCUUUGGGUAUUCAGGUGGAUGUUGAAGAUGGGACAGAAUCUUUGCAGGUUCUCAUGUCAAAUGAAUUGUCUGAUGCCCUGUCCCCUGAUGAAGAAGAGACAGACAGUGAACUUCCUCCUGUGAGAGGAUCUGACGAAGGGACCCCUUUGGAAGCAGGGGAGGUGCCACUGCCCCCUCAGAAUGACAGCCAGCCUACUUCACUAGUUGAAGAUGUUCAUCCUUUACCUUGACAGCAUGACCUUUGAGCAAGUGGAUUAAACCUGUUUGUCAACUCAAGUCCUAAUACUGACAAGCAGUUUGUCUGUUUGAAGUGUGGUUUUUGUGUCCUCUUGUUACUUUGGUAACUUUCUGCAUUGUUUGUCAAGCAGAAAAAGGGCCUAGCAGGAUUUUUUUGUUUACCUUUUUGCCUUUGCUAAAUGUAACUUUUUGUCCAUGUCUAUUGAGUAUAUAUGUCUAUUUGUACACGUGCAUGUUAAAAUCAAGAAUGAACUUUCCCCCCUAAAUGUUCGUACAUAUUCUGGGCUCCAUUUUGAUAAGAAAAUUGUUCAUAUAUUCGCAUGUUCCUUAUACAGAAGCCAUCAAUUGUUU